AUGAAGCUGAUACGAGACCUUAAGGUCUCGAGAAAGGAAUUGCAAGACUGGACGGAUAAUUUAUCAUGGGCACCUGACGGGACGCUAUAUAUUACAACCGUUCCGGACGUUACAGUAUGCCAGCCUGUGUACGAGGAAUCGAAUCACGACAGCAGCAAAGGUCUUUUCCAUGUCAAGGAAUAUCCACUCCUUUUAAAAAACAAAUUAGAGUUCAUGCUCGCUCAGGACAACACGAUGUUGAAUUCGGUUCCGGAUAGUUUUGUAAAACGAUGCGAGGUCUCUCCUAUAACAAACCUGCUAGCCGUAUUGACAAAUAAUGGAAACGCAUGUAUCUUUGAAGAUGAUAGACUGCUUUUCGAACUGGACGAGCCUGAUAGAGAGCUCAAGAACCGUACUUACCACUCGUUGGCGUGGAGUCCUGACGGAACGCUGAUCACCGUUGGUAAUGAAUGCGGGGAAGUCAUCACUUUUAAAAUUACGGAUGGAGCACUUGAGCUAGAGUGUGAGCACCAUUCCACGAUCAAGUUUAUGGAAGAUUCAUCAGUGUGGGUUACGAAAAUAAAAUGGUCAGGACAGAAGCGAUUGAUUGCACUGAGCGACAAUUCAGUUUUUCUAGUUAAGGAGGACUCUUCAUUUGUUCAACUCACCGAGCCCUCCAGAUUUACCGUGUUUGAUUUUUGCGAAAUAUUCGAUAAUGUCGUUGUCGCCCGUAUGGGCUGCGUUUUCAAAUAUGAUAUACGUCAAGAAAAGACUGAAUCCAUAAGCUGGAGUGGCUGCGAUAAGCUCUACAUCGUCCCCAUCACCGGGCGUAAUGCAGCUAUCCUGCUCUCCUCGAAAACGAGCUGCCUCUUAGAUUUAGAUACGGGAAUGAACAUUUCGGAAGACAAAUUGGUGGCACCGCAUCUGGAGAUCAAAUUCAAAAAAUGGAACUCUUAUUUCAACGAGUUAAAUGAAUAUGAAACAAGCUUGUCAAUUCAUGGUUUAUCAGUAUCAGUCGAUGGGGCCUCUCUGGCACUAUUGUACAGUAUAGAUCGUUUAUCUCUCAGGUACAGAAUUGUCUCUGAGCAGGUUUACAGGAUAUCGUUUUUACCACUGAGUGACACUUGGCAGAUCAAGGCACCGGCUACUGGAUUAGCUUGGUUUCAAACGUACCAAAUUUAUGGUCGACAACUGCCACCGACGAAUUCUAGAGAUGUGCGAAACUUUGUGCUUAACACUGACGGUGACUUCAAAACAUAUCUACAAAGGCUAAUCCACAGUGAAGAUAUGAGUGCUGUCCAGUUUUCAAAUUACAUCAGUGAUUUGAAGGAUAAUAUCCUUUACAAAAAAGCUGUAUAUGAAUUUGCAACAGCUCAUUCAGCAGAGAUCACGAACGAACUGGAUAAGGCGUGCAUUCAAGCGGUAGCGCAGAUACUCGGACUCGAGAGCCCGGUAAGAAUAGACAAAUUUAUUAUGAAAAGCGAGUUGAUCGAAGAAUCGUUCACAUCUCAACAAAGCCCAAAAACAGACGUUGUAUACUCAGAAGAUGGUCAUAUGUGGAGACGCUGCGCGGCUACAUUUUUGCCACUACUUACCCCAAAAGUGAAAAUCUGCCCAGUCAGUAAGUUCCGCAUAAUUGACGUGAAGGAGGAUAGCGUGAAUGACUAUGGUUUUCUGACAAGAACAAUUCUGGAAUUGUUCAAUAAUCAAAGUAUUUAUUCGGGGACAAAAAUGAUCUAG